AUGGAAAAGCCAACACGAAAGGUUGCAAUCGGGACGGACCAGGCGGGGUACGGCAUCCGGGAAAACCUGAUGCUGUACGUGAAGGAUGCGGGUGACGAGUUCGUGCCGGUGUACUGCGGCCCGCUAUCGGCAGAGCCCGUCGACUACCCCGACUACGCUGUGCGUGUGGGGGAAAUGGUGGCGCGUGGCGAGGUGGACUUCGGCAUAUUGGCGUGCGGCAGUGGCAUUGGCAUGUGCAUCGCUGCCAACAAGGUGCCGGGGGUGCGGGCCGCCCUCUGCUACGACCACUACACCGCCGCCAUGUCGCGCAUCCACAAUGACGCAAACAUCAUCUGCGUGGGGGAGCGUACCACCGGUGUGGAGGUGAUCCGCGAGGCGAUCAUUACGUUCCUGCAGACUCAGUUCAGCGGGGUGGAUCGGCAUGUGCAGCGCAUUAAGAAGAUUUCUGCUAUUGAUGGAAUGGCGGGCAGGAAGUUGAAUUAG